AUGGAAGAAGCAGAGGCUCUACGCCUAAAAUCCACAGCAGAAUCCAAAUACAAAGCCUCCAACUUGAAAUCCGCCCUCAAAUACGCCAAGCGCGCCCACCGCCUCAGCCCAAACCUCGACGGCGUCGCCACCAUGGUCACCGCCUUGGAGAUCCUCCGCACGGCCCACAAGAGCAGCCCCAAUCCCAACUGGUACAAGAUCCUCCAGGUGGAGCCCUUCACCCACAUCAACACCAUUAGGACCAAAUACAAGAAGCUCGCUUUCCUCCUCCACCCUGAUAAGAACCCCCAUUUGGGCUCCGACGAGGCCUUCAAGCUUGUGGUGGAGGCUUUUCGGUUUCUCUCGGAUAGGAUUAGGAGGAAGGAGUUUGAUAUGAAGCUUAGGGUUAAGAUUCAGGAUAGGAAGAUGAAGGAGAGUAGUGAGGGGUUAGGGUUAGGGGAGACGUUUUGGACGGCGUGUUCGACGUGCCGGCUUUUGCAUCAGUUUGAGAGGAGGUAUUUGGGGCAGAGUUUGGUAUGUCCUAGCUGUAGGAAGAGCUUUGAGGCUGUGGAGGUGGAGAGUGGGGACAAUGCAGCUAAUGCUGGGGUUAGGAGUAGUGAGAGGUUGAGGAAAUUGGCCUCGAGUGGAGUUGGCGAGUCGAGGAGGAGGUUGAGGAAGAGAAUGAGUAGUGUAGGGGAGGUGAUGGAGAGGAGUGAGCCGAAGAAGGCGAAAGUAGAUGAGGAGAUGAUGACAUUAGCGGAGUUCAAGCAAAAGGCACGAGAGCAGAAGAUGAAGGAGAAGGGGAAGGGGAAGAAUGCAGAAGUUGAGAAACGCGCUGUUGCGAAGAAGGCCAAGGAUUUGGGAGUUGGUAAUAGCAGGAAAAGCAAGCAGGCGGAGAGUGAAGAUUUGGAAUCUACGGCUAAGUAUCUGGGGAGUUCUAAGAGCAGGAAAAGCAACCGGGCUGAGAGUGAAGAUGAAAGUAAGAAAGCUAAGGAUUUGGGGAGUGCUAAGAGCAGGAAAAGCAAGAGGGCGGAGAGUGAAGAUUUGGAGGGGGAGGAUGCACAGUUUUAUGAUUUCAACAAAGAUAAGAGGAGUUUUAAGAAAGGGCAGGUGUGGGCUAUAUAUGAUGAGGGUGAUGGAAUGCCGAGGAAUUAUGGUUUGGUUGAUGAAGUUGUUUCCGUCAGUCCUUUUGAGGUGAAAAUUAGUUGGUUGGAUCUUCAGAAUAAUGGGGAUCAGUGGUUGGCUUCUUGGGAGAAGAUGGGACUGCAUGUGCCUUGUGGAAGGUUUAAAGUUGCUAGGCAGACCAUCACUAAUUCAGUGCAUAUAUUUUCUCAUGUGGUGGAUUGUGACAGAGCUGCGAGAGAGGUUUAUCGGAUUUAUCCCAAGAAGGGAUCUGUUUGGGCAGUUUACAACGAAGCAACUUUUGAAUCUGAUGGAAGCAAUCUGUUGGUUAAAGAGAAGCUAUGCUAUGAUAUAGUUGUGUUUCUGACGAGUUACAGUGAGAUGCAUGGUUUGAGUAUGGGGUAUCUUGAGAAGGUUGAUGGGUUCAACACGGUAUUUAAGAGAAGGGAGAUUGGAGCUCAUGCUAUUCGAUGUUUAGAGAAAGAUGAUGUGAGGUUUAUUUCACAUGAAAUUCCUGCAAAGAAGCUAUCUGGUACAGAGGCCCCAAACCUUCCGAAAGACUGUUGGGAACUUGAUCCUGCUUCUCUUCCAUUGGAUUUGCUUACAUUUGGCUAA